AAAAAAGCUCAGGAGCAGAAGGUAGUGUAGUCUAGAUGGGCAAGUGUACAUAAGAUCAGGUCCUGUGCAGAGCGCCUUAAGGUUUCAGCAAGUCAACUAGGUUAGGAGGAGCAGAGGUGGAUCAGUUCACAGCAGACUGUUCUAUUUCAGGCAGCUCAUCCCUCCUCGAGGCAGCCGGCAGCCACGGGCCACCAUGACGGAAUGGACUUUGCUUAAACGUCUCCUGGAUGCUGUCCACCAGCACUCCACCAUGAUUGGGCGCCUGUGGCUCACUGUCAUGGUCAUUUUCCGGCUGUUAAUUGUGGCUGUGGCUACUGAAGACGUGUACACCGACGAGCAGGAGAUGUUUGUAUGCAACACUUUGCAGCCAGGAUGUUCCACCGUCUGCUAUGAUGCGUUUGCACCCAUCUCACAGCCUCGCUUCUGGGUCUUUCACAUCAUCAGCGUCUCUACACCAUCGCUGUGUUUCAUCAUUUACACCUGGCACAACCUGUCCAAGCUGCCCCAAAACACCACACUGAGACGAGGACAAGGACUGGGGGACAUUACAGGACAGAGAGGCCCAGAUGUAGGGCGAGAAGGUGGACAGGAAGCAUAUGAUCAGAGCUGCAACUCAGAAAGCUACUCUAUCCACUGCCACAAGCAUCUAGGUCACAGCCUAGCAGAUGUACUUGAUGGCAUCACCAUUCAGAGUCUCCAGAGCGGAGACCCCAACAACAUAGUAUCCUUGAGCCAGGCCCAAACAUGCACUUUAAGGGAGGUGAGCACAGAAGGUCAUGUGGUCUCUGGAGGAGUUCUGUCCAAAUGUUAUGUCUUCCAUGUAUGUUUACGGGCUGUCCUGGAGGUGGGCUUUGUCCUGGCCCAGUGGAAACUUUUUGGCUUUCAGGUGCCUGUCCAUUUCCUUUGUACCUCACCCCCCUGCACCCAGCCAGUGGACUGCUACAUCUCCAGACCUACUGAGAAAACCAUCUUCCUGCUCUUCAUGUUUUGUGUGGGAGUUUUCUGCAUCCUGCUCAACCUGCUGGAGCUCAACCACCUGGGCUGGAAGAAGAUCCGUCAGGCAGUGAGGCAGAGGAGGAGGAGAUCCCGGGGACGUUGUCCAAGGAUGAGGAGAGGUUAUGAAACUUUCCCUCAAGAUAGCCCAUCUCUGACAUCUUCUUUAGACUUCAGAGAAGGAACUAGCACCACUUCCCUGCCAACUCUGAACCUGGUGGUUGGUCACCAGCCUGACUGGACCUGCACUGUGAAUUGUGGUAGGAUGCAGGUGUCUGAGGAGGUCCGAGAGACAACACUAGAGCAACCAAAGAGAGAGGACUCCCAUAAAGGAGAGAGGCUUCCUAUGAAGAGUAAAAGGGAGAUCAGAGGAUCCAAGCAGAGGAGUGCUGAGGUCUGGAUAUAGAAUUUAACUACAGAGUCACAUGUUACAGCCUGUAUUUAUCUUGCUGCACUGGCUUGCCAUGGCAAGGAUUCUGUCCUUCAGGGAAGGAGUGGCUUACCAGGAUUUUUUGAAAAAGAAAACCUUAGUUAUCUCUACAUCAGAGAUAUUUAAUUUGCUUUGCUCAGAUGCCACUUUUGCUAGACUCUGUUAACAGGAAUAUUUAUCAAAUAAAAUGAUAAACAUUAAAAGGCCUAUAAAAUAUUUUUAUUUCAAAUGAUCUAUUUUCAAAUUAAAUGAUUUACAAAGGACAUAGAAACAAAGAAUUAACUGAACUGGAAAAUGGUCAGCACACAAUCACAGGCCAUAAGUUACCACUGCUGCUGAUGCAUGCAGCCCACAAAAGUGGAUUAGAAAAAAAAUCUAGUGUUAUAUGAGCACAAGAAGCUGUCAGAUUGUUGAAAAAUGUUAUCAUGUAAACACGUUUAGAGUGGUGUUACAGAUGCUACUUUUUCAGUACUAAGUUGUUCUGAUGAAAACUGGUCACAAAUGCAAGACCAGACAGAAACAGGUAGGGGACAAAAGAAAUAUAUUUUUUUUAGGUUCAACUAUCUAAAACUAAUGCAAUAUAAUCCAAUUACCCAGUAGUAAAUCUUUCUGUCGUAAAGGUUAUAAUGUUAAGAAUAGUGUAUAUUGUUUUACCUUAGUGUUCAAUUUGGAGGCUGGAGUUUGGUGUUGCUGUUGAUCACUUGGCAAUACAUGGGGACACAAUUUUUGUCUGCAAAAUUUAUAUAGGUGAGGGUGACGUAAGUCUGGGCAAAGUCCCUGGUUUGAUUUGAUACGGGGAUGUUUGUUCACUGUCAUACUUCUCUCUUUUUGUCUGUCCUGACACUCUAAUCUGAAUCUCUUCUGCCAGAAAUAAGGGUUACUGGAAAUACUCCUGGAGUAUUGCAAUACAAUUCAGCAAAAACACCACAUCUACAGCUUCUAAAAUGAUUUAUAAACUAAAUUAGCUCUCCAAAUGUUUUUCUCAAACUAAAGAUUAAAACCUUGAUGUCGGUAAAACUGCAUUAGCGCUCUAUCACAUUGAAUGUUUUUUGUAAUUUGGGUGACCAAAUCCUUUAUUCCACCAUAGAGGACCAUAAAUUAAUGCAAUAACAGAAGUAAUGAUAUUGACUCCUUUGAUUGAUCUUAUUGAUUCACAACAGCCCUGUUACACACGAGUCAGUCAGAAAAUCAUAACUUGAAUGAAUUCUGUAUGGAAGAAACCUCACAUCAAUGAAUAUAUUCACAUGCUCUUGUCAAUAAAUAAAUCAUGCUGAUGUUUGAGUCUUAAA